AUGACGGGUAAGAAGAAGCCACAGAAAACUAAGGAACUUUCGGUGGCAAUAGCCGAAGCAUCAUCAACAAUAGAUGAUGAGAAAGAGCAACAAGAAGCUCAACCUCAACCUCAAGCUCCUAGAAAGAGAGGUAGACCGCGUAAGGUUAUUGUAAAGAUGGACGAAAGUGAAGAGGAAAAGGCACAAGUGAUAGAGCAAAGAGGAGGUUCCAUAUCAGCACAAGGCAUAGAGAGUUCAAUGGAAAAAGUCACAACCAACGAGGAAGAGGGAACAUCAUCAGCAUGCAUGAGGGUUGGAAAACAAGAGGAGAUACAACUUCCAAAAGUUGAGCCAUCAAGAAGCAGAGCUAGGAGGAAAAGCAAACCCAGAAAGAGUAGCUAA